UGGACAGGCAGGCACAUCUUGUCCAUCAGAGGGCGGGAUUGUAGCGGCUCGAUGAGCAGCGCGUGGCUGGUAUUGUGAUGAGCAGCAGGUAGACGAGGCUUGAACAUUUUAACUGGGAUCCUGCGGCUAGGAGGUUUUGUUCCGGAGCGGUGCAACCUCCUCCAACAUCAUACCGAUCAAAUCUGUUCAUUUUCAAACAUUGUUUUAUCGUAUCCACGGCUUUGUCCAUGCUUUUUCUUUCAAACAGAUUUGACAAAACGGAAUAUUGAACAUUGACUGUAAAGUGCGCCUUGUUACUACAAAAGUGCAAAGCUAUUUCGCCCGCGGAAACAUCUACCAAAUGGGACGCGUCGCGAUGGGAUUUGAGUUACAGAACACGUAACCACCCGAAGUUGCAUCAAAUCCUCCAUUCCGAAGGUUAUUUUUGAAACUUGAAAAGCCAUCUCCAACCGCUGGGAUGUUGUGAGCGACCCGUGGCUGCGGACAGAAGGACUGGGAACGCGGCGGCAGCAGGAAGAGUGAAGAGGGGCUACGGAGGGAUUAUGGCUCUCGCCACGUUUUCUCUCAGCCUUGUAACGCUCGCGCUGACAAACUUGCACCUGUCGCGAGCCAACAACCGGCACGCGGUGUACUGGAACAGCUCGAACCUACACCUGCGGAGGGAGGGCUACACGGUGGAGGUGAGCGUCAACGACUACCUGGAUAUCUACUGCCCGCACUAUAACACCAGCAUCCAGCGGGGGGCGCCAGAGCGCACCAUGGCCGAGCAGUACGUGCUCUACAUGGUCAGCUACCGCGGCUACCGCACCUGCGACCCGCAGCUGGGCUUCAAGCGGUGGGAAUGCAACCGGCCGCAUGCGCCCCACGCGCCCAUCAAGUUCUCCGAGAAGUUUCAGCGCUACAGCGCCUUCUCGCUGGGCUACGAGUUCAACGUGGGCCACGAUUACUACUACAUCUCCACGCCCACCCAUCACCACGGCCACAACUGCCUGAGACUGAGGGUCUACGUCUGCUGCUCGACAGUCUCCCAGACAGACGAGGACUCCAACCAGGCCCCUCCCGAGUACACAGUCAGACCAAACAUGAAAGUACACAACAUCGAUGAGUUUAACCCAGAGGUCCCCAAACUGGAGAAGAGUGUCAGUGGCAGCAGUCCGUCGCGCGACCGCCUCCUCAUCACCCUUGCCGCGCUGCUCGCCUCCUCCAUGCUGUUGUCGUAGCGACCGGAAGACGCAGGGACCAGCAGUCUCUCUCUCGCUCUCUCUCUCUCUCUCUCUCUCUCUCGCUCUCGUUCUCGCUCUCGCUCUCUCUCGCUCACUGUCGAUCUGUUUCUGACUCUCUGUCUCUCUCUGUCUCUCUCUCUCUCUCUCUCUCUCUCUCUCUCUCUCUCUCUCUCUCUCUCUCCAGCCUUGACGUGACUCGUCUCCAAGGCUUGUCCUUUGGAGUUUUUCAAUGACAGUGAGUUUGUGUCAAACCCGAAAACUCAACAGAGAGAAAGUGACGACAACAAAAACAACCACGACUAAAUUGGAACACAAUCAAAAUAAAUUUGAAUCUGGACAUAAUCUGCUCAACUGCUACAAAGAGGCCUUUUUUUACAAUUACCCUAACACAAGACAAUUUAUGUGCAUUUUGUCAUUACAUUUUGUUGUUGGACAUGACGACUGUAAGAAUAGCAUAGCCUUUCAUCUAUAGGUGUAUUCAACACAACACGGUGAACAAGGACUGAUACUUACUAAAUGAUAUUGAUUGAUAUGACAGAGCUGCUGCUUGGCAAGACUGCCGCUGUCUAGGCUGGGGAGCCAGUCGAUUUGUAAAAAGAAUUAGGCUAAAAUGGGGGCUUCCCGAACUUGAAUUUGAGCAAUUCCGACUUUUUGCCUCGUCUUCAUCUGAAGAUAUAUGCUUAUUUGGGAACUGCGAGUUCCCAGACAUUGACUAGCGACAAGGGACAGAAGAAUGCGAAAAUUGGAAAAACUGACUUCAUGGUGGGGGCCUCAUGACUCGUGACAGAGCUCUGGAAACAAUGAACGAAGUCCGAUGAUUGAUUUCGAGAUCCAAUGUUUUUUUUCCGCUGUGAUCCAGUAAAAAAAAAAA